GCGAGCAAUUCUGUUAUAUCAAAUCACGAUUAACCAACAUAAUUUCUUUAAGCGCGCAUAAAAAAAUUUCGCGCGGUAGUGCACACAUGCGGGGUGUAAUGACACGUUUUGAAUAAAUGUGUUUGCGGAACAAACGAGUUAUGAGAUAACGCUCGAGAAACAUUAUGAGGUGAAGAAAGGUGCAAGUCAAGAUGUCUUAACGCGAACAACUAGAAAUAAAGAUGCGUUGAACACUAAUUUAUUUCAAACGCACCGAUAUAAGGUAUAAAAAUCCUUCCGUCUUUUAUUUAUUUCUUUGUAUUGCCAAUGACUGUGAUCAAAGUCCCGCUACAAAUGCUUUGAAGCGUUUGAUGGACCAAUUAGAAGAAAGAGUUUUACAACCUGACCAAUUAAAAAAUACUUCAAAGCAUCUGUAGCAUCACACUGACCGUACCCAAUGUUUGUUCAAUUAUAUAUACCUAACGAUUGCACCGUGUGAAUAUCAUGUCUGCGGAUGGCGCCAAUAUUAUCAUUACGAAAGUGUGUUUUAGCAGUUUGCAACCCCUGCCUUCGUUACGCCGCGCCGCGCCGCAGCUUUCGAAGAGGAUAGCGGACGACAGCCUCGCAGCGGCCGGUGUUCGCGAUAAGCAGUGCAAAUUUAACGUUGCACUCCGUUGCCAAGAGGCAGAUAACAAUUUACGCGUUAAUAUAUUAGCCGACGUGCGUAUCUUUACGAGGGCGUGCGGUGCAAACAUUUCCAACUAAGACUUUGACAGCGCAAAUGUCGGUAAUGGUCAUUAACCCCGCAGCCCCGGGUAAGCGGCUUAAGGUAUAAAGGGUUGUCGCUCAUCCCGCCCGAUUACUCCGUUCAGAGAACUCGGCGCUAUGGAAGUGACGCAUUUGCUCGUCGUGUAUCUUCUCGUCGGUUUGAGCACGCUGUUAGUGCACGCUGAAAGAAAUGCCGAAGUCGGCGGAGCCACCGAGGCACCGAUCACCGAGGAUCAGCAGAAGGUGUACGAUGAAUGCCGAAAUCCGGACUACAAAAAAUACGUAAAGUGUUUAAUGAGGCCAAAGAGACACGGUCAUCACACGAACCACGGAGACGGGCCGGAAACUGAUUCCAUUCAUUGUCUGGAAACGUGUCUAAAAAAGUGCGAACAUCACUUGGAUCUCGAUUGCGAAAAAAAAUGCGGCUACUGCACGAAAAGAACCAGGCACAGACAUCAGAUCAUUACGGAAUACGAGGCGGAAUGCGAAUCGGGAAACUGCGGUCCAUCCGGUGCCGGAUUAAGGACUACUAACAUAACGACGAACAUCGGCAUUAAUAAUGUCAUUAAUCCUUUCGGGGGCGGCGGUGGUAAUGUUACUGGAAUCAAUAUUUUUGGAAAUGGUACUGGGUGGGGUUUUCCUCCAGGAGCCUGCUGUCCACCGGGAGGUCCUUGUCCUCCUGGUAGUCCCCCCUGUUACCCUGGAUCAAUACCAUCGCUUCCUAUAGUACCUCAAAUCUCGUUAGUACCGCAAAUUACAUACGGAGUAGGAUUCGGAGCCACAGGUGGUUGCGCGUACAAUCAGUGGCUUUGUAUUCAACAAACUGGCGCACAGUUUCCAAGCGUGCAGCCCGAUUGCUCUGGAUGCGGCAAUCCUGUCUUACGCUACAAGUGUGACGUAAAUUGUUACGCAAUUCACGACAUAGCAACUAAAUCACCUUGUAAAAGUCCAGAAUGCAUUGGUGGCUCCACGUAAAAAUAUGUCGGAUUUAUUAAAGGCGACUACUAGAAACGAAGAAUAUUUUAUUAAUCACUGAUAUUGUUUAUAUUUAUACAAUUUAUAGUUCAUGCUAACAAUGGUGGACUUGAUAAAAAAUUGUAGUCAUAAAGUAGCCCUAGAUUUACCUAGAUAAAACAAUUCUUCAUCUAUUAUAAUUAUCUGUAUGAUCUGUUUCUCAACAUUAACUUAUAUGAAAUAAAGGCAGUCUUAUUUUUCUUUUAGAAAAUCCUUGCUUCGACUUGAUGUUCACGUUGAAAUAUCGUUGAUGAAUAUGUUGGCCGGUUUUAUAAUAUAGGAAAAAGUAUAUCGAUGAGAAUGCGGCCAUGUAUGUAUGGUUGUCAAUCUCUUGGCGCAAU